AUGAUGCUCUUCGUGUCUCACGCGAAAGGAUUAACCACUGGACUACUCUGGCACGCGAUCGGGACAAAUGGAAGAAUUACUGGCGCCCGCUCGACCAGUUCGAAGAUCAACGGGAGUCAAGGUGAUCAAGGUGUUCAUAAGCCCCAAGCUAAUGGUGAACAUGAACAUCCUAUAACGUUGCGCUUGCAGCCAGCAGUUUGCUCGGUGGAGUUCACAGUCUCAGAAGAUUUCGCCCCUGAACAAGGUUCGCUCGCUAUUCUUGAAGGGCCUUCGAGCUUGCCAAGGCACCAGUUUAUCGUGUUUAUCGACCACGGAGAGGUGGAAAGUUUGGAAUACGUUGUGAGGAAACGAAAUUUGACCAAUCUCCUAUUCACGACAACUUGCGGUGUUUUAUGUUCUGAUUCGGUAGUCACCAUCAAUCUGUAUCAAAUCAUCAAAUCACAAUCGGCAGCGAUGCAAGGUUUUUCACCAGAAGAGAAUAAAAGGAAAACACAACAUGGAACAACUGAAACGAGAGUUGACACUCUUUCUAACUGUGGAGGGAGAGAGGAGAGAGAGGAACGGAUUUGGGAGAGAAUGCGAGAGAGGGAAAGCGGCGACAUAUCUACCUGA